AUGAAGUUCUCAGGCAUCGCAUGUUUGGCUGGGCUGGUGCCGGCCACCUUUGCCCUCGGACCGGUUCCGCUCUCCUCCCGUCAAGACAUCAAUACCAUCACAGACAACUAUCUCUUUUCCAUCUCGCUGCCCCAGUUCAUCACGUACCGUAACGCGAAGAACCCCGCGACCUUGGACUGGACUUCGGACGGCUGCAGUGACUCUCCCGACAACCCUCUGGGUUUCAACUUCGAGCCUGCAUGCUACCGUCAUGACUUCGGCUAUACCAACUACCGUGCCCAAUCCCGCUUCACCAAGGCGGCUAAGGCUUCUAUCGACACCAACUUCAAGAACGAUCUCAAGUUCCAAUGUGACUCCGAGUCGCUCGAGUCCAUCUGUGAUGCCCUGGCAGAUGUGUACUACACGGCCGUAAAGCUGUUCGGUGGCCAGGAUGCCACCAAGCGCGCCGACUCAGAGGACGAGGACGCUGAUGCUCGGGCUGAGUAUGAGGACGCGGUGGCUGUCUACGAACAGCUUAUGGCCGAGGCCAAGGCGAAUGGUGAGAUCCCAUCGUGA